AUGCUUCAUGGACUUCAGUUUCCAGUUCCCUUUGUCAAACUGAUCAUUCAAUGUAUCUCAACACCUAGGUUCUCUCUGAUGUUCAAUGGGACUCUCCAUGGUUUCUUUGAAUCUAAGAGAGGCCUAAGACAAGGGGAUCCUAUAUCUCCAUUACUAUUUGUAAUAGGAGUGGAGUAUCUAUCUAGACUGAUAGGGAAAGUUAGGGACAAGGAAGACUUUUGUUUUCAUGAUAGAUGUACUGAGCUCAAAUUGAACCACCUUACUUUUGCAGAUGGUGUAAUAUUAUUCAGCAAAAGGGAUGAGAGAAGUGUCAGUAACAUGGAGCAAUCUGUAGUAGAGAGGCUGCUGAAACUCUCUGGGUUUUCAAGACAGAAUUUGCCUUUCACUUACUUGGGAAUACCUAUCAAUGUCAGGAGAAUAUCAGGAAAAGAAUGUGAAAUACUGAUAGAGAAGAUGACUACUAGAAUUCGGAGUUGGAGUUCGAGGAACUUGUCCUUUGCAGGGAGAAUAGUUUUGAUCAAUUCUGUCCUAAUGGCGAUUCAAGCAUACUGGAGCCAAAUUCUUAUCUUACCAAAGAAAAUAAUUAAAGGCAUUGAAGCAGUUUGCAGAGCUUUUCUUUGGAAAGGGCAGUCAAUGUUUCGGGGGCUGGAGCAAUCAAUUGGGACACGGCAAUCGCAAAUAGCAAGGAGUCUUUUAUGGAUGAAGUGGAUUCAGAGUGUGUAUUUGAAGAAAGGGGAUUGGUGGAGCUACACCCCUUCUAUCCAUGCUAGUUGGUAUUGGAAGAAGUUGGUGGCUCUAAAGGAUCAAGUGAGGAGUUUGAUAGAUACAAGAGAGUUUGCAGCACACAAAUUCUCUAUUACAGCAGGCUAUAAAAUUCUAACUCCCUCACUAACCAAAUCAUACUGGAGUAAGGAGGUUUGGGCUCGUUUAAACUUACCUAAACAUUGUUUUAUUCUAUGGUUGGCAAUGCAUGGUAGGCUGAAGACAAAAGACAGACUGAGUAGAAUGGGAAUACAGGUGAGAAGUGAGAGCUUGCCUAACAUCAUCAGGUGGAUCGGAAAAUCGAAAAUAAGCAGGGGUAAGAAGCAAAUUUUGGCUUCUGCAACAGCCUCUCUGGUUUACCAUCUGUGGACAACAAGAAAUGUUGUCAUAUGGAAAGGAGAACAAGCAGCAAUAGGUCGAGUAAAUGUAGAGAUAAAGGAGAAGUUGAAGAUGAGAUUAACAAUGUUUCAACCUCAAAAAAUUGGCAGGCAGGACAAAGAAUGGAUCCAAUCAUUGUAA